GCCGGUAGGUGCGUGAGGAUCGAUGUAAACAGAAUGCUGAAAAGAAGAAUGACACAUGUGACGGAAAUGUGAUUAAUAUAAAUACGUUAUAGCGCGGACUGCAAUUAUUUUGCACAAAUUUUGCAAUUUCCAUUGAGUGGAUGUGAUGAUGAUGCCCGGAAAAACUCCGGUACAAGGUAAAGAGAAUCCUUUGGGCCUGUCUUGGCACGACAGCGCCUGGAUUCCGGUCCUUAAUCCGAGCAACAUUAUGGACUACUUCUCGGAAAGGAGCAAUCCAUUCUACGACAGAACUUGCAACAAUGAGAUAGUUAAGAUGCAGCGUCUGAGUCCCGAUCAGUUGACCAAUAUGACCGGCUUGGAGUACAUUCUGUUGCACGUACAAGAGCCGAUCCUAUACGUGAUUAGAAAACAACACAGGCAUUCGCCAACUUUAGCAUCGCCAGUUGCCGAUUACUACAUCAUAGCCGGCGUUGUGUACCAAGCUCCAGAUUUAGGAUCCGUCGUGAGUUCUAGACUGUUGUCCACAGUUCACCACCUACAAUCCGCCUUCGACGAAGCAAGUUCCUGCUCUCGAUAUCAUCCGAGUAAGGGCUAUUCCUGGGACUUCAAGAAUGGCAAGGCCUUGGCCGCCAAGAAGGAAACGCCGGUGCGCGAGGAGCCUAGCUCAUUGUUUCAGCGGCAGAGAGUGGAUAUGUUACUCGCGGAGCUCACUCGUAAAUUUCCCUUACCGGUGCCAAAGCCAGUGCACCAAGCAGUGACAGAAGCUUCCGUAGAGAUUAAGCAGGAAGUGAAGACCGAGAAGAAAGACAUGAAACCACCACCCGAAAAGAAACCUAGACUGAAUUAAUAAUAAGUACGAGCGUUUCCGGGAGGCGAGCGAUGAGGCGCACGAGAAGAUGGGUAACGAAGCUAAAAUGCACGAAGCGCUCGACAAUGAAGUCCAGGAAGUGUACGGCGAAGUAUAUGGGCCGUACGACGAUCUGCACGUGGUGGAAGGCGAAGUAGAGCAGGCGUCCAACGAAUCGCACGACGAACCGUACGAGAUGCAGGAAGCAGUUGCAGUCGCGAGGCGAACUGGAGCAACGAACGCAGUAGAGGUGGGAAAAGGACAGAUUUUUCUGGCUUUGAUUAUUCAGAGUUUCUCGAUCAAUCGGUUAUCAAUAAAGUAAAGUUGGUUGUAGUUAUUAAUAAAAAUAAAAGUAGGUAUAUACAAAAGAUGCGAUGUCGGUUACGCGAUACACAUAAAAUUAACUUAAGAGAUUACUAAUGUAAUCGGAAUUAUUUGUCUCUAAAGGAUGGGAUAACCGGUUAUGAGAAUUAUUAGGUAUUGUUUGUCACUUUUGGAUAAAAUUAAUAGUUCGGCUCUAUUAUGUUCCCCGGAUGUUCUCUGACAAGCGCGCAUGUCUAGAACGCAGCGACCGCAUCUUUGCGUCGCGCGGCGUCUCCUGGGGGAGCGGUGGACCGCAAGUGGAUGCUGCGGAUCCUGGAUCGCGUUCGUCAUCGAGCGCAUCUGAUAAUGGCGGCGGCUGCGGUCGGCGUGAUAGUCUGGACCGCUUUGGUGUACGGUGUCUUCUUGGGCGCGACGGCCUGCGGAAGCGGUCGCACCUGCUUCCGUUCGUCUCUUAAAUAUGCGCACGCUAAACGCGCGCUGUUUUAACCCUGUAAACCCUUUAACUGUCCAUCGAUCGUCUCCGUAAACGGGGGUUAAAGUUAACCGAGGUUCACAACCUGUCUCACCUCCGCAUCUGCGAGAAGAGAUGAAAGAUGGUUGACCACCGGCUAGCUUUAAUGAAGAUUUGCAAGACUCGCUUUGUAGACACAUCCUUUUUUUUGCGAAAUUAUACGAAAAGUGUCCCGGUAUAUUUGUCUGUCGAGAUGUCUUCAGUAAAUCCAGAUUUUUAACGCCGUCAUUUCCAAGAGGCGCGAGACAAAGUACUAUUUUAAAUGUACUUCAUACGUAUCUAUAUA